AUGAAAGUGUUGGUAAUUUUGUGUGUGGUGUUUGCCAACCUGCUAACAGUGCGCACCGACCAGACCGAUUUCAACCACAUCAAUUCGGAUGGAUCCUUUGCAUUCGGGCUUAAGAAUUCCGACACACCCGGUGCGCACUACCAUACGGCCAGUGGCAACCCGAAGACCGUCGUUCGCGGGCGCUACGGAAGCCGUCAGCCGGACACGGGGCGUGUGGAGGAAACGGUCUACACUGCCGGACCGCGCGGUUUCCGUGCCCGUGGUCCCAAAAUCCACCGGAAGCAGAGCCUCUCGCAGGUGCCAAGAGGGCCGGUAGGUACACCGGACGACCCACUGGCCGAUCCGUACGACGAUCCGAGCUACGACUUCCAGUUCAAGACGCGUAACUAUCAGCGGCGCGAGGGUUCGGACAGCAAUGGGCGGGUGAACGGGCUGUACACGUACAUCGACGACGUGGGCGAGAAGCACUCGGUCCGGUAUUCGGCUGGCUCGGGCACCGGCUACGAGGUGGCCAAUCCCGUACCGGACGCACCGAACACGAUCGCCUACGAGAGUCCGCUCUACAAGACGCACAAGCAGGUUCGCGGGAAGGUGGCGUUCGAGAGUGGCCCGAGUGGGUCCGGGCAGUACAAAUUACUCUCCGUGGGACCCGACCAACGACGCUCGGAAACGACCGGACCGGACGGUGUAACCCGUGGUUCCUACUCCUAUCUGGACGAUAAGGGUGUGCAGCGUACGGUGCAGUAUAUUGCCGGGGCUGGCAUCGGCUACAAGGUGGUGCAGAGCACUGUAGGUGCCGGAACACACCGGUUGCCGCAGCCCAACUUUGGCGUGAACCACGUCGAGCAGAGUGAAAUCGGUGACAAUAACAAUCCGUCGUAUCAGACGGCCCCUUCCGGUCCGGCCAGUGAGCGUCCCGGAGCUUCCGGAACCUACGAUCAUGUGGCGCGUCCUUCGGCGGGCGGUUACGAUGGAGGACCAUCCGGUCGCCCAGGCACGGCUUCCUCAGGUUCGUACGACCCUCCGACAGGGCCGUCGGGUUCGGGAGCGGGCUAUCCGCCGGACGGUUCGAAACCUAGCGGACCAGCCGGUUACCCCGAGAGUGGUCGUCCCACGGGUCAAGGAUUCGAUGAGGAAGAUUUCGAUAGCAAGCGUCCUACGACAAGUUCGCCCACGGCGGGUCAGCGUCCCGGAUCGUCGUCGACCGACCGACCCAGUGCCGACUCGAGCGAAGUGUCCCGGGAGAAAUACCCACCAUCCGGCGCAUCGGACGAUUCCGACCAUGACGCAGGGGUGUACGGAGACGACAACAUCAUAGGCCUUGUGCCACCCAAGUACGAUUUUGAAGCUUCCGGUCCGGGCGGUUCUUCACCGGGAGGUGCAUCCGAGCACGAGCACGAUUCACCUCUGUCCGGACCGUUCGAUGUGGCCAUCACGAGCGGCCCAUCCGGACCCGCUCCGUACCCAUCGUUCGGUGAGUCUGCACCGGGCACGAGCGCCUACGACUCGAACAACGACUUCGCCUCCUUUCCCGAGGUGACGUACGACAAGAAGAAGCUCGAGGACGACCGCAAGAAGGACUGGCGUGAUUUCGCGAAGGACUCAACCAUCAUCAAGAACGUGGGCGACUGGUACGUGGGGCUGGCACCCGGUGCCUCGGUCCGGGCACACAUCCAGAACAUCGAUCUGCUACCGUACGGUGGACGGGCGCCCUCGCCAGGAGAUGCCCUGCGGCGGGACACGCAAGCGCAAGCAAAAUCGGGCCCCGGAGGCAAUCGGAAGCCUUAUGAUGGGCGGUAG